CAGGUCUCAAUCAUACAUUAAGUAUAAUACAGGUCUCAAUCAUACUUUAAGUAUAAUAGGAAAGCAUCCAACCGGAAAGUGUAUACACUGCAGCCAGCCAGAAACUGUUGAGCAUGUUUUACUGCUUUGCAGGAAAUAUAGUACUCAGAGAAAUGUGCUUUUCCAGACACUCAAGAAAGCAAAAUUCCAUGACUUGUCGCUAUCAGGGCUGUUAGGGAAAAAAAUCAGGCAAUAUAUAUUGUGAGAUUAUUACGUUUCUAAGAGAAAUUGAUCAAUUUAAAAUAAUCUAGAGUUUUGGUUCUUUGUUUUGUUUCUUUUGUUUAUUGUUUUCUGCAUAGUCUCUUGUUCACACUCCAGUCCAGUUGGUGGCGGUAAUGCACCUAAAAGUUGGUUUGCCAACCGCCAAUAAACACUAAAGAAGAAGAAGAAGAAGAGGACACCGUACUUCCGGUAUCCGCCAUUUUACGUGAGGUGCAAGCAGGCAGGGGGUUUAGCCGUGUUACUUACUUGUUAGAUACAACACUUUGAAGAUGGUGAAGUGGUGUAGUGCUGGGACUUGUAGAAAUCAUAAUUCAAUGAUACGUAGUAAUGGAAAAUCCAAGUUUUCUUUCUUCAAGUUCCCCAGUCACGAAAAACAGCCAGGACGGAGGGCCCAGUGGGCGAGAGCUUGCGCUCGCGUCGAUGCCAUCACUCACAAGCCGUGGAAACCCAAGGACACCGUGCAAUAUGUGUACAUCUGCUCGGCACACUUCAUUUCUGGGCAGCCUUCCAAGGAGCCCGGCCAUCCAGAUUACAUCCCGACCAAAUUUGCUACGCCUGGGAAACUACCAACAGCUGACAAGUGCCAGAAACUGAGAAGGUUCUCCAAUGCUAUGUCUCGUCAUGGCAAGAAGAUGCUUGGCAAAGAAAAUGGGCCCUCAACAAAGAAGUGCAGAGUGGCCUUCGAACCUCCACAGCAUCAACCUACUCCUGAUUCGCCUCAACCGUCGACCAGUUCAGUGUCUCCACCUUCCGUGUCUCAACAGAUGCUCUUUGAUGAGAUCUCUGCACUCAGGGCGGAAAGAGAUGCUGCUCUUGCUGAGAGGGACCAUGCUAGGGCCAGCCUCAACUCUAUCCGGCUGUCUUCGAACACUGUUGCUGACAACGAUGAGAAGUACGUCCAGCAGCUGGUGGUGGUUAAAGAAGAGCUUCUCCCUGACCAGCAGGAGUGGAGCUCCAGUCUGGACCAGGAGGACCCAGAGCCCCACCCACACAUUAAGCAGGAACAGGAGGAACUCAGGAUCAGUCAGGAGGGAGAGCAGCUUCAAGGGCUGGAGGAGGCUGAUAUCAUUGAGUUCAUCUUCACUCCUGUCCCUGUGAAGAGUGAAGAUGAUGAAGAGAAACCUCAGUCCUCUCAGCCUCAUCAAAGACAAACUGAACACCUGGAAACAGAAGCUGAUGGAGAGGACUGUGGAGGACCAGAACCAACAAGGAGCUCAGAUCCAGAGAGCAGGCAGCCUUCCAAGGAGCCCGGCCAUCCAGAUUACAUCCCGACCAAAUUUGCUACGCCUGGGAAACUACCAACAGCUGACAAGUGCCAGAAACUGAGAAGGUUCUCCAAUGCUAUGUCUCGUCAUGGCAAGAAGAUGCUUGGCAAAGAAAAUGGGCCCUCAACAAAGAAGUGCAGAGUGGCCUUCGAACCUCCACAGCAUCAACCUACUCCUGAUUCGCCUCAACCGUCGACCAGUUCAGUGUCUCCACCUUCCGUGUCUCAACAGAUGCUCUUUGAUGAGAUCUCUGCACUCAGGGCGGAAAGAGAUGCUGCUCUUGCUGAGAGGGACCAUGCUAGGGCCAGCCUCAACUCUAUCCGGCUGUCUUCUAACACUGUUGCUGAAAACAAUGAGAAGUUCGUCUUCAAGUUUGAUGGCCUGUCACAACAUAUGGAUUUGAUGAGGUACUGUGACGGCUUUGUAGUGCUGGUGCGAAGAACAGAGUGGGAAACGGAUGAGGUGAUUCGACCAGCCCUCUGCUCGUACCACACCAAAGACUUGGACUGCAGCUUGGUGACAUUACCAAUAUGCUCCACAUCUUUGUGGUCAAGUUUCAUAGUUUGUGUGGUGGCACUGUACACCUCAUCAAGGGAAUUGAAACCCUCCACACCUCUGUAA